AUGGCCCUGCGAGGGCUGGCUCUGGCCUUUCUCCUGGUGCUUGCCCCUCUGCUGCUUGUGUGGGGACAGAAGGACGCUGGUCCCAAGAACCAGGAGGGGGCCAAGGAAGCAGAAACUUGCCAGAGGCCGUCGUGGGACCGAAGACUCCAGCUGGCACCAGACCAGGAGAAUUACAAGAAGAACGAGGAAGUGAGGCUGAGCUGUCCCGAGGGUUUCCAGCCAUCCUUCACUGAAAUCAAAUGUUCAGGCAAAGUUCAGCCCAUCAGUUAUGAGAAUCCUGUAUACAGUGACCUAUGGCUGGGAAGGGACAUCACGGGUGGUUGGAUUCGCAUUCACUCCAGCGUGCAGUGCAUCGAUGUCCUCCAGGUUGUCCCUGGGACCUUGGAGGUUUCCAGCACCAGCAUCAAACUGAACUGGACCUGCAGGCUCCCUGACGCCUGCCAGCAGGUUCGGGCCAGGUGCCGGCUGGAAGAGCAUUCCUCCCUUCCCUGUGAGGCUAAGGAGGUGAAGGGAGAGGAGACGCUCCAUGGCCAGGAGGGAACAUUUACCUGCCCCCCUCUGCAGCCCUUCACUGUCUACAGUGUCACCAUCUCACUGCUGCCCAGCACGAUCCUUUUCACACGGCUUCUCAGAACAAAGGAAACGGUGCCGGACAAACCGGAGAAGCUGUGGCUGGAUCCCAGCACAGGGUCCCUCAGGUGGAAGGCGCUGCCCUCCUGCAAGGGGGAGAUCAUCGGAUACCAGCUGAACAUCACAGCCAGGAGAGCACACGAUGGCAGCUUCCUUGAAUUCAGUCAGGUGUUGGUGAACCAGUCUGCCACUCAGUAUACGCCGCCUCAUCAGACACCUGGAAGCAAAUACACAGUGACAGUGCAGGGCCUGACGGCAGCUGGUGCUGGGGCUGCAUCACGCCUGGAAUUUCGAACCUAUGUCUCAGUGAAUGCCAAGGUUGGGGCCAUUGCUGGCGCAUGGUCCAGGCUGUGGCACCCGUUCCUGACUGUGUUAGUUGCAGGACAGCCUCUGGGUCUGUGGCCUGGGUCGGUGGUCAUGGUAGUGGUGGUGGCGUUGGUGGUGGUCCCCCUGUCUGCAGGGAUCCUGUGGUUUCUGCUGUCCAGGAAAAGAAAGGCUUUGCCCAGGAAAGCCGAAGAGGAUCAUUACACAGAGCUCCAGCCCUAUGAGAACUUGGAUAAUUACUGCGUGAUCAAGGGGACUUUUCUGGCAGAGGAAGAUGCAGGUAAAGGUGGCCAGGCUGGAGAGAUGUUGCCCCAGCCGUUGCCUGCUCUGGAGUCCUCAGGAGACAGUCAGAGCAGUGAGGGAAAGAAGAUGGGUCGGAUGUCCAAAACUCGGUGCUGA